CUGGUCUCUGCAGCCACUCCCCGGCUGAUCUGUCCGCGGGCGGGUGGCGCAUGGGUCUCCUCCGAGGCGGGCCCCCGUGCGCUCGGGCCAUGGCGCGUCUGGGCGCUGUGCGCUCCCACUACUGCGCGCUGCUGCUGGCCGCGGCGCUGGCCGUCUGUGCCUUCUACUACCUGGGCUCUGGCCGGGAGACCUUCUCCAGCGCCACCAAGAGGCUGAAGGAGGCCCGCGCCGGGGCCCCUGCUGCGCCCUCGCCGCCAGUGCUGGAGCUGGCGCGGGGAUCCUUGGCGCCGGCCCCGGGCGCUAAGGCCAAGAGCUUGGAGGGCGGCGGGGCCGGGCCGGUGGACUACCACCUGCUGAUGAUGUUCACCAAGGCCGAACACAAUGCCGCGUUGCAGGCCAAGGCCCGCGUCGCCCUCGGCUCCCUGCUGCGCCUCGCUAAGUUCGAGGCGCACGAGGUGCUUAACCUGCACUUCGUAAGCGAGGAGGCCAGCCGCGAGGUGGCCAAGGCCCUGCUGCGGGAGCUGCUGCCGCCCGCCGCCGGCUUCAAGUGCAAGGUCGUCUUCCAUGAUGUUGGCGUGCUGACGGACAAGCUCUUCCCCGUCGUGGAGGCCAUGCAGAAGCACUUCAGUGCCGGCUCUGGGACCUACUACAGCGACUCCAUCUUCUUCCUGUCAGUGGCCAUGCAUCAGAUCAUGCCCAAAGAGAUCCUGCGGAUAAUUCAGCUGGACCUAGACCUCAAGUACAAGACCAACAUCCGGGAAUUGUUUGAGGAGUUCGACAACUUCCUGCCAGGCGCCAUCAUUGGCAUAGCACGGGAGAUGCAGCCAGUGUACAGGCACACAUUCUGGCAGUUCCGCCAUGAUAACCCGAAGACGCGGGUCGGGAGCCCUCCCCCCGAGGGGCUCCCAGGCUUCAACAGUGGGGUGAUGCUGCUCAACCUGGAGGCCAUGCGCCAGUCCCCACUAUACGACCGCCUGCUGGAGCCGGCGCAGGUGCAGCAGCUGGCCGACAAGUACCACUUCCGGGGUCACCUCGGGGACCAGGACUUCUUCACCAUGAUCGGCAUGGAGCACCCCGAGCUCUUCCACGUGCUGGACUGCACCUGGAACCGGCAGCUUUGCACCUGGUGGAGGGAUCACGGCUACAGCGACGUCUUUGACGCCUACUUCCGGUGCGAGGGCCACGUCAAGAUCUACCACGGGAACUGCAACACCCCGAUCCCAGAGGCCUAGGCCCCGCCCCGCCCGCCGUGCCCUCGGGCUCAGAAUCUGGGCGCCUCUCGGGCAGGCCCGGGACAGCAUUUGGACUCCUCGAGAGACACUGAAGGACGUCCUUGUGAUCAGGUGCUGCGGCUCUCCCACUCAGGGGUGCUGUCUGAGGCCGCCCGGGGAUGCCUGGCCUGCACCCCACUGGUGCUCUGGACCUUUUGCCUCCAGGAGCCAGACGUUGUGAAGAACACACACACAGACCUCUUCUGGUGGGCUAGGAAGCCAGUGUUUGAAAAGAAUGAAGAAAACAAAACAGUGCCCCUUUGCCUUCAGCCCCCAAAGGCUGGAAAUCCUUUUAAGAACUGGGCUUUCAUAGACCAAAUAUAAAUUUACUUUAAAUCGACAGGUGAAACAGAACAAACAGCACUGCUCUAGCUCCUAGUGAGCUCUAAAUGCGUGAGCCAGGGUUUACCAACCAACCCAGAGUUUAAGCAUCCAAAGGAAUGCUAGCCUUCCACACACACACGUGGGAGGCUGUGUGGUUAUUCUCACAAUGCUCCUGGCACCUGGUGCAGGUGUAAAGAUCACCACCAACUGUGGCCACAUAAGAAACCUGGUCUCAUUAUUUGAGCCUUCACAGUGUUCAUCUCCCAACUGCAUCACAGAACCUCAUUAUCCCUUAAUCAUCCAAGCCAGCUCCAGGUGACCAGACUCUGCUCAGAGAUCAAAUCUGCCAUCAAGGAACAGUGAUUGGCCAGCCCCAAGCACAGGAUUGUCUGGAUUGGGAAGACUCAUUCCAAAGAGGAACCAGCCCAGUGGUACCGGAAUGUAACCUUGCGACUUGGCAGGGAUGUCACUCUUAGACAUUCUAACCUUUUAUUCAGAAGAAUCAUCCUCGUGACUUUAUUGCCCCAGGUGAGACUCCAUACCUUAGAAGAAAAUUAGGUUGUCAAUUCUUGAUUUCUGCUUUCUGAGUUCUCCUGUAAGUGAGCCGUGAACAUGAAGCCCAUAGUGGUCCAUUCUGUAUAAUCCAGCUGAGGUUCUUGGGGAAGAAAUGUUAGCUUUUCAUCUUUUAUCAGUUUCAUUUACUAUCUUUUUUUUUUCUACCAUGAAUGAGAACAGCUAAUAAAUAAUCUUUGAGAACAGAGUGAUUUAUGCUGUUUGCUCUCUGAUCAGUUUCCUGAAGGACCUGAAUCAAGAGUGUGAUCAGUGUCACUCAGAGUCUCCCUCCCCACAUGACUAUCUAAGCAUGCUUCCAGUGGGUCUCUAGGGCCUAAGAGGGAGAACGUCUGAAGAAGGUUGUAUUGGACUCAAAACAGAGAAUCAUUUCAUUCUAGGUAUUGACAGGCCCGUCUGCUUCUGGGAGCAAAACUGCCCCCCAUCAGUUCUCAUCUGCUUACCCCUAAGUACCUGGCUACAUUGUCCCCGGAUGAAAUGGUGCCCAUGUCUCUCCUAACUCUCGGCUCUGACAAAAUAGGACUGUUCUGUUAGGUACUUGACUUCCUAGUUAUAGCCACCGAAUAUUGAAUGCCUGCUGUGUGCCAAGCAUUGUAUUAUGUGUGUGAUCACACACAGUAAGAUUCACGAAGAUAAUUCAGGUUCUAAAAUUUAUUGUAAGAAAAUAACAAGAGAUGUGGACAGAGUCAUUGUUUAUCACAACCUUUUUAUAAUAGAAAAAAAUUGGUAGUAACAAAAUGCUAAAUAGAGUGGGUAAGUAAUGUGUGUUAUAACUGUAUAAUGGAAUACUUUAGGCAUUACAAAUUUUUUUGAAAAAUAAUGCCUUGAAAAAUGCUUAUAGUAUGCUAUUAAGAAUGCAAAAUAUAAAAUUAUAUGUAUUAUUGAUCCUAAUUUUAUUUUUUUAAUUACAUUAUGGUAUGUAAAUAUAUUGAGACAGAGCCUGUUCUCUGUUUCAUUAGUUCAAUGCCUAAAAAAAAAUCAUGUUUCAAACACAUUAAAAAACAAUUAUUUUAAUGAGGAAAAGUGAAUGAAACACUAGAGCAUUUUACACUCACAAUAGCAAAGUAUUUUUCCUGCAGUAGUUUCAGUAGUUAAAAUGUUUCUAUAGCUUGAGUGGACUUUAUCAUUGCAAGGAAAAAGCAAUAAACUGAUCAAAAUGGGCACAAGCCAAACAAAAUCUUGUUUACCUUUGCAAUUACCUACGCAGGAGCUUCCCCCUUCUCUGUCUUGAAUAACCUGGACCUUACAACUCCAUGGUGAAUAGCAAAAUAAAAAAGGAAACCCAGCCAGACCAACAAAGCCAUCAUGUGCUCCUGAGUUUCCACGAGCAACUUUUUGACAAAUCCUGGAAGGCUUAUUCCUGACUGGGAUCCUGUUAUAAGCAAGGAAACUGACCCCAGUAUUCUUGCCUGGGAAAUCCCAUGGACAGAGGAACCUGGCGGCCCAUAGUCCCAAGGGAUCACAAAAGAGUUGGACUUAGUGACUAAAUAACAACAAAUGAUCAAUGCAGUGCAAAAAUAACUGUGCUGUUUAAUUUGCCUUGUGAGUGGAGCAUAGGCCUGUAGAUAUGAUUGGAACUGAAGUCCAAAAAGAGAACAUUUCUGGGUAGUAGGAUUAAGAUACUUUUUAAUCUUUAUCUGUAUUUACUUGUAUAUUUUCCAUAAUGAAACAAAUAGUAAAGGCUGUAAAAUUCUAGCCACACACCUUCCCUCCAGUUACAGGCAAGCAUCAUCCUGACCACCUUACAGUUCACUGUUGGCCCUGGUUACUGUCAUCCAUAAAAAAAUAAUCUUGGGUAAACAGGAUCUGGGUUUUCUACUUUCCCUAUGGAUGCCCUAGUUCUCCAAAUAAAAAAUCUAAUAAUAGCA